AUGGCAGACGUUCCCAACCGCCGGGGCCGCAGCCUGCCCGACGGCGGGGGAGGACUCGGGCCGCGGCAGCAGGUGCCCGGGUCGCCGUGCCUGAGAGAAGUCCGAGCCGGGCCGCAGCAUCCACCCCGCCGCCUCAAAACCGGCCCCCCGCGGGCAACGGACACGCCCUCCCCACGGCCCGGAGCCUCCUCGCCCCGUCCGCCCUCACAGGGCCACUCACCCGGCCGGGAGGUUCCCGUAGCCGCCGCCGCCGCCGCCGGCCCCUCGGGCCUCGCCCCUCUAACGGCCGCAACCUACCACGGCAACGUAACCGCAGCUACAUCAGCCGGGCUGCGGGACCCGGAAACACUUCCUUCCGGAACCGCCUCGCCCCGCCCUGGUCCCGCCUACUGUCCGUGGCUUCGCACUGGGCAGGCUCGCCAGACCCCUGCUCUCAACUCUUUCCCAGCCAGGCUGCCGGGGCCCGGCAGCUCCGUCCAAAGCGCCCGCGCCCUCUGCCGGCAGUUCCCACCCCUGCCGCUCUGUCCAGAGCGCGUGCGCCGUGUUCCACCCCGCCCCGCCCGCCGGGAAGGAACGACUGCAUGGGGCGUUCCAGGGCCGGGGAGCCAGGCGGUUGAGGGUCAGGGAAUGGAGCUGACCCCUCAGGCAGGAGCAGGAGCUUGGCUCCGUGGGCCAUCCAGCCUUGUGCACACAGGAGCCAAAAGUAGCCUUCCAGUCCCUGGCUUGGCCUUCAAAGCCUUUCCAGAGCCAGCGCACCUGAACCUGCACCGCUGUGGCCUCUCUCCCUGCCUACUCAAUCUCUAA